AUGAGAUACGGAAUAGAAUGGUUACUAUCGGUACUAGCGCUAGCAUCCCUGGUGUUACCGCGAGUGACAGGUGUCAAACACGUUGACAUAUUUCAGCAAUUUAGCGAUGGGAGCUAUCAGGAAAACCAAAAAUCAAGCCGUGAAGCGCUGGACGACUCGGACGAGGAUGACAUCCGAACUGAGCAACCGAUGAGCUGCGUCGAGGAUGUACUGCCCACCAAUCCUAUAGAGUUGCACGAAAAGCUAGAAAACGAGACGGAUCGUCCGCAUGUGCCAGUGCAAAACAUUUCACAACCAAAUCUGAGCGAGCUGUUCGGUAAGCUGAAGUCGGGUUUCUUCAGCGCCAACCUCUUUCAGAUCGGACAACACGUACGCGGUGUGCUAGUUGGCAUAAAGGAACGCAUGCAGGCAUACGUCGCUGACACCACUGCCAAAUUUGAGCACCGUCGCCAUCAGACGAUGAAUGCCGUGAAGCGCAAAGUGGAUGAGAUAAACGAGCAGAUCCGCAACUACUUCCAGAACGAGUUUGUGGAGUACCGGGAUGUUUGUCUGCCGGACGAGAACCAUUGCAUGCAGCUACUGCACACCCAGGUCGACCAGUACGAGCACAGGCUGCGCACGAACGGGGACGAAUGCCACGACAAACUAGCGGAACAUUUGGCCAAACAACGGCGCGAGAUAGACGAAGCGCAACAGCUGCUGAACGGACCUUACAGCAGGAUGGACAACUGUCUCAACCGGGAUGCCGGCUUCGGUCGUAGUUUUCUCGCCUGUUCGGGUGGUGCCGUUGCGAACCUAGCCAAACUGACCACGGAAACGAUGCAAUCGUUCGCAAACAGGAUGACCCACCUGUCCGGCGUGUUCACACAGCGCGUGAACAAGUUCGAAAAGUGCGUCGUCCAACGACGCCAGCUGAUGAAGCAGAACGAACGAGAGGUGUCACAAAAGAUGAAGAAUUGCUUCAGGAAGCAACAGUCGCAACCGGAAGCCUUCUUCUGACCGUCGG